GAAUUACUUCACAUUCCACUGAAAUAUUAGGUGUUCUUUUUAAUAUUAAGAAAUCUGCGUAACAACUCGAUACCUGUAAUAAGUGCUCGUCUAAUUAAAUUAAAAAAUACUACGACGAUGAAAAAGUGUCUGCCUAUUACGAUGCCGAAACUUUUAAAUUCGACUACCGAUCGGACGAAUGUUACACAAUUUACGAACCGAACGAAAUUGUGACAUCGUUUAGCUGCAGAUGGUUGAACAUAUCGAAAACCGCUUGCAUCAACUACCAUGAAGAGAGCAAUUCGUUUUCCAUCCGCACGCCAGCAAACGAAACCGUGCGAUUCAUGCACAAUUUUUAUUUGGAAACGCCCAUUCCGAAAGGGUGCUUCAACGUCACCCAUAAAACCAACGGAUCGACGCUCAUUUGCCAGAAAUCUUUCGAUAAGUACGCCGUGGGCAUCACGACGCCCGAAAAUUACACUAUACUAUUCUCGUCGCCCUUUUGCAGUUCAAUAAAAAUGCAAAGAUACGGAUUCAACAGCCUUGAAACAGUGAAGGAGUUUAUUGGCAACUACAGCUUCGAUCCGGAUUUGAGAAGCUGCUAUAAAAUUUACGAUGCCGGGGUGAAACCAUCCCCUGAAACCUGUUCGAAAAGACGCAUCGCGGAAUCCUGCGUUUUCCAGUACAAUUCCAGUUGCACCGCCAUCGCUACGCCGCAGAACGAAACGGUACUACUCAAUUGCAGGAGGAACAAUGGUUGUUUUAGUAUGAUAGAUGGCAGGGGAAAUAUACACGAAACGUGCCAGAAACGUUUCGAUGAUCGGUGUAUUGGUUUGUUGUUGCCCAGUAAUUUGAGCGUCCUAUUCGAAUGCCAGCACUGCCUUUAUGACGAAUCAUUCCGACUCUCAGACCUCUCCAUCGUCGUCUUCGAACCGAACACCUGGAAACUCCACAGGCAAUUCGUCCAAGAGUGGUUUUCCAAAGAAAAACUACAAGACAAAUGGACAUUGCGGCUCACCGAGUUCAUGAUUAUCGCACCUCGCGAAAAUUUCAAAUUAACCUAUUGCAUGCAAUACAAUAAGAAAGCGUACGCCUAUUGGAUGCCGGGUCGGGAUUGCUGGGCCGUCACUCUUCCGAGUAACGAGACCGUGGUGUUGGAAUGCUUGGGAACCGAAAGGCGGACGAAUUGUUUCGACGUAUAUGGAUCUGGUGGAAAAACUAACGAAACGUGCUUGAGAGUGUUUCAAGAACAAUGCGUGGGGCUAAUUACACCGAUGGGUUACACCUUGAUUGUGGAUUGUUACAGAAACCGCAAAUGCUUCGAUGAAUUAAUAGAAGAACACAAGAACUUAUUUAAAAAUUCAUUAGACAAUAAAAAUUUUAAAUUGGUGCCUUUCGUACCUUCCUGCUACGAGGUGUCUUAUCAAGAACCAAACGAUUACACUUGUAUGUCGCCAACGAAUUUCAGCAAUUAUGCUUGCGUUGACCUCAUUUUCGACGGUACAGAGUACUGCUGGGGUCUCGUCACACCUAAAAACGAAACCGUCAAGUUUUUAUGCCACAAAGACCGAUCCACCGCAGUGUCGUUCUACCACGCCGAUAAAGCGACCGAUUGCUUCGAAGUCAAACGCCAAGACGGGACAUCCGAAGAAGUUUGCCAGAAGAAAACAGGGGAUUAUUCAAUCGGAUUUACUACGUCCCAAAAUUCAUCGAUUAUACUCGCCUCGUACUACUGCGACCUAUUUUUCUCCGAGGAACUCGAUUUCAUGAAGGAGUUCGUUCGGAAUUACACGUUCGAUGCAGCCCUAAGGUCCUGCUACAAAGUGUACGGACCCGAGCAGGUCAUCUCGCCUUAUACGUGCCUCAGCAGGGCGAUUCAGGAUGCUUGCCUGCGAACGCUGCGCGAGUUCGGCGACUGCGAAGGGAUUAUCACGCAAAAUGGCGAAACUGUGCUGCUGAAUUGCAGUGGAAGGGAGCCCGUUGAAAACGGGUGCUUCGAAGUGUACUCUUCGGAUGGAAGAAGACACGUUGCGUGUCAGAAGAAGCUAGAAGAGCGUUGUGUUGGUAUCACUACUCCCAGCAAUUUGUCGGUGCUAUUCGAAUGCCUGUUUUGCAAAACCGAAAGGAUGUUGUCGCAAGGAAAGUCCUUCUUAGUUUUCGAUCGGGAAGAGAGAAAAAAUACCCGCGACUUCAUAAAAUCUACCAUGAGCGAUGUUAAUAAUGGCAACUUCACCGUUGACAUUACAUCAGCGGAAUAUCACGCUUUCAAUCCGGGCGAUUCGCCUCUCGAUGGACUUUGCGGAUUAGACCAGAAGAUCUAUUUUACCCACGUGCUGUACGAUCAUUCUAAUAGUACCGGAUUUAGGACGGUCGGUUAUGAAACGAUAGUCUUGAAACGCCCCGAUGAUGCCACUUACGGGAAAAACGGAUGCUUCGAUGUGUUUACUCCAAUCGAAGAGUGUAAUGUCAACCCGAAGAGAAAGAAAUCGGUGCGUUGCGUGGAGAUAUUGGAUGAGUUUUGCAUUGGAAUUAGAACUCCUAGAAAAUGGACUGUACCCUUGGUAUGCACAAAUGCGUGCAAUUAAUAUGUAACUAAUUUUGUUACUUUAUAAUAACACUAGUACAAAAAUUUUACACUUUUUUUAGUACAUGCUGUAAAGUCAACUUUUUUUAAUAUAUUUUGGUGCACUUAUUCUAAAUAUGAGGUCAAAAAAAUCAGCACGUCCUGUUUCUUUAAUUUGUCCAACAUGGUCAUCAUUUCGGAGCGUUCUAAAUGGUUCUGGAGCGUCCUAAUUGAUUCUAGACAGUUCUAAAUGAGUCUAGAGCGUUCUAGAUUGUUGUAGACAGUUCUAAAA